CCAGCUGCUAUUUUCCUUCCUCAGGACCAGCUGUCCAGGAGCAUCCCGGACCGGAGCCAGGCACAUUCGGGACUUGGAUCUGACCAAGGGCGGCAGCAGCCGGGCUGGUGCAGCGAUGUCGGUGGUCGAAGAAAGCCGGCCCUUUGCUCAGCAGCUCUCUAACGUCUACUUCACCAUCCUCUCGCUGUUCUGUUUCAAGCUCUUUGUGAAAAUCAGCCUCGCCAUCCUCAGUCACUUCUACAUAGUGAAAGGCAACCGCAAGGAGGCGGCCCGGAUAGCGGCUGAAUUUUACGGAGUAACCCAAGGACAAGGUUCCUGGGCAGAUCGGUCACCACUUCAUGAAGCGGCAAGUCAAGGUCGUCUUCUUGCUCUGAGAACAUUAUUAUCGCAGGGCUAUAAUGUCAAUGCAGUAACCAUAGACCACGUCACCCCGCUACACGAGGCCUGCCUUGGAGAUCACGUGGCCUGUGCCAGGACCCUUCUGCAAGCUGGAGCUAAUGUAAAUGCGAUCACCAUAGACGGUGUGACCCCGUUAUUCAAUGCGUGCUCACAAGGCAGCCCCAGCUGCACAGAACUGCUUCUGGAAUAUGGUGCCAAACCCCAGCAAGAGUCCUGUCUUCCUUCCCCUACACACGAGGCCGCCAGCAAAGGUCACCAUGAAUGUCUGGAAAUCCUCAUAUCCUGGGGCAUAGAUGUUGAUCAAGACAUUCCUCAUCUGGGAACCCCUCUGUAUGUAGCUUCUAUGUCUCAGCAGUUCCACUGCAUCCGGAAGCUUCUUUACGCUGGCGCUGACGUACAAAAAGGCAAAUAUUGGGAUACCCCAUUACACGCUGCUGCUCAACAGUCCUGUAUAGAAAUUAUAAACUUACUGCUAGAAUUUGGAGCGGACGUCAAUGCCAGAAACACAGAGCUUCUGAGACCUGUCGACGUAGCGACCUCUAGCAGUUUGGUGGAAAGAUUACUGCUUCAGCAUGAAGCUACCCCAAGCUCUCUGUGCCAACUUUGCAGACUCUGUAUCAGAAACUACAUUGGAAGACCAAGAUUACACCUUAUCCCACAGCUCCAGCUGCCAACAUUAUUGCAGAAUUUCUUACAGUAUCGAUAAGGCAGUAAAAUAAUUCUAAAUGUUUGAAAAUCAAAAAUUUCUAUUUCAUCUGCAUAGUGUAUAUUUCAUAUUAAAAUAUGCUAAAGAUAGGGGAAAGAGAUAUGAGAACACCCUGGAGAAGAAGUGAAAUAGCAAUUUUAGUUAAAGUGUACUAGUACAUACUAUUGUUUUAUGCAUUUUUAGUUUCUGAACUAUAAUAUGUUUAAAAUAUCUAUAUAUUACUAGCUAUUCCCAUAUAUCCCUUUGUUGAUUUAGAAAAAAAUGAGAAAUUCACCAUUUCAUUUUUAGAAUGAAACAGAAAAAUGUGAACCCUUACUAAAAGUAUUUGUAUAUUAUAUUUUUAAAGGUCUAUAUUUUUCAAAUAAUGUGUUAGCUUUUAAUUUUUGGCCUCUGUAAUUGACUAUCUCUGUAUUUUUUAUAUUAAUACGAAAUAUGAGUAUGGUUUAGAAAAGAGUAAGUCAUAACCUUUUUGAAAUAAAGUUGACUCUCAUUCAGGAAACCCACCCUGUUAGAUGUACACUUGUCCUUGUAAUGAUUAAUUCCAUAAAGAAAGGAUAAAUUGCCCCUUCCCUGCAAAGAUCCCACUGGUCACUUCACCGCUUUAAAUGGACCUAUUUCAGAAACUGGUAGGACUAAAAUGGUCACUACUGCCCUCUCACCCUGAGAACUCUGGAACAUUACACACCUGCUCAAACCAUCUGAAGACCCUCUCCUUCUCAAGGGUGGCCUCUCCAGGUUUCCCUUCUGUGCCUUUACACGUACCACUCCAGCCUUCCCCCAGUUCAGAGACUGCUGACAGCUGGUGAUACCUGGACCCAGGAAGAUGAACUUCAUAUCUAGUUGAUAAAGAGGCCCUGGGUCACACUUCAGGGGUCAGGGCAGUCCAAGGCUAUAGAAAAUGGAAGAAGAAAAAUGCCUUAACUUGUGGGGUUUUCAAAGAAAGGGACAAGGGGGUACCACUUAGCAAAUGUAGAAAACUCAGAAAAUGUACGCUAUCUGUGGACCUUCAUUGUGGUGUUCCUAACCCUUCUUACACAAAGCAAGGGUUCUGCAUAGACUGUACUGCAAGGGAAUGCGGUACGCCAGAAGGUAUUAGUGUAGCGGUGUCCCCUGCAGGCGUUUAUUCUCUUCUGCUUCACUGUACUUGAGUGCGAUGUAAAACAUAACUUAAAAAAUUAAAUAAAAAUUUUUAAAAAGCC